UAUGAUUUAUAUUACUUUUUAAAAUAUCUAUUGCAAAAGUUUUUACUCUUUUCAGCUCGUUCAAAUUUCCAACAACUCAAACCUGCAAGAAGUCAACGAGGCAAUUUUAAGUUGCCUCAAUAUCCUCGGACUAGUGUUUCAUCUGCAAAAUUUGAGUGUGAUUUUUGUGGAAAAAAGUUUUUGUACAAAAGUGAUUAUAAUGUUCAUUUAAGAGUACAUACAGGUGAAAAGCCUUUUCAAUGUAAUAAGUGUUCUCGUAGUUUUAAGUCAAAUCAGUAUUUGCAAUAUCAUAAAGCUACCUCUCAUUCUAGUAAUUAUUGUAUUAGCAGAUCAAAAGAAUGCAGCAUUAUUUGUUCUUAUAAGGCAAUAUUUUCUGUUGUAGUUCAUCAGCACAAGUCUCGUGGUUUAACAAGACCUGACCAAAUCACUACAUAUACAGCGUCAUCGCAAAAGAUAAGCUCUUUUCGGCCCAAUCGUUAUCAAUGUCAGUAUUGUGGCAAAAGAUUUUAUCAAUCGUGUGACUGGAAGAAACAUGUUAGAGUUCAUACUGGUGAAAAACCUUACCUUUGUAAAAUGUGUGAUAGAAGAUACAAGCAAAAAGAAAGUUUGAAAUAUCAUAUGGCUACUGCUCAUGGGGAUAUGAUAUAAUUAGCAGUAGUGUAAGAGUUUAUGGGAAACUUUUAUGAAAAUGGAACAUGGAAUUCAAAUUUUUUUUCAUUGUGUUUGUUAUACUUAUAAUCUGCAUAGUGUGUUGUGUAAUUUUCACUUGUCUGUCACUGUAAUAAAUUUAAUUGAUAUUUAAAUAAUUUCCUUUUUCAUAAUUGUUAGUAUUUAUGAACUUAUUUUUUUCAAAGAUUUUUAAAACUAAAAAUGCCAUCUAUUUUUUAAAAAAACAAUUUGAACUCUAUUUACUU